AUGGUUGCUCUGAGCAAUCUCCCCAUAAGGGCUCUCUCACCCAUUACCGAGCUCACCACGCCUACAUCCCUUCGAACACUGCGACUCCCACUGGACGAAGGGGAUUAUCAAUCUGAGCGAAAUCCGCUCUCGCAUCAUGACCCAGAUGAAGAAGAGAACGAUGCGAGUGUAUACUCCCAACUGUCAGCUGAGACCGUCCGAAAUCACUCACAACCCCACCAACUUAGUACUCCGACUAGACGGAGGACAUUAUCCUUACCCGUCACUCCUACUCCACCUCCUCGCUCCCCUCAUCAACUGAAUUGGACCACCUCAAGCUCCCCCAUAAACAAUUCGAGACCUUUCCAACAGCCUCAACCUGCACCUGGUGGCCUUCCGCCCCCACCUAGGGCGCAGGUAUCUACGAAACCGAAACUGAUUAGAAGAGUCACCCCGCCCCCUGCAUCACCGCUUCUCAAGGGGAGCGACAACGAGAAUGCAGCUAGACGAGUUGUGAUCGAAAGUAAUAUGGCUGGAGUAGGAGCUGGAGGGUCCCUUUCGCAAGAGGGCAGAGCUAGACCGAUUGGAGUGAUUGAUGGAGGCUCGCCCAAGAGGAAUUCUUCUAACACCCAUUCUCACUUAGAUCUCCAUAAUGUCCCCCUUCUCGAUUCUCCCUCUACUUCUCAACAGCCUCCCACACCACCGCGAAGUAGACCUAACAGUCUCAAGAAGCGUCCCAAAUCGUACCAUGGUUCAGGACCUAAUAGCAUCAGAAGUCGGCCCAACAGCUUUCAUGGUAGUCCAUCAAAAGGCAAUUCAACUACUAGUCUGGUAACUCCGGCUCUUGGAUUGGAUACUACUACCACACCAAUGCAUGUGCAGGCUGAGGUUCUAGUAGUCAAUCCUCUCGAGUCUGGUCAUAACUCAAAACAAAGUGCUCGUCCCACGCUGGUAACACAUCAAUCCGAAUCAUCUCUUCCUUCACGAGCUAAGUCUGCCCGAUCUACCACUCCAACCAAGAGAUCUCCUCGACGGAGACGAGUAUCAUCUAUCUUCUCAUCCAUCUUUGGUGCCAGCGAAGAUAAGGAUAAAGAACAUGUGGCUAGGAAAUUGUCAAGACAUAGUAGGAAAACUAGCGGUUCUGGUAUAUCUUCAAGCGGUCCUUCACCUUCACUUAGCUCCCUUUUCUUAUCAGACUCACCUGUUCAGGAAGACCCGAUCGGACCUAUUCAAUCGGCGAUCAGAACUUCAGGAACGUUUGGUAUAAGAGAUGAUGGAUCGGAACUUUCGGCCUCUGCACCUGGACAUAUCGGUUCUCCACCUAGACAUACGUUCGAUAGGACUGGUAGCGGUAAUGGAUCGAUUACGACCCAAUCCGAAGGUGUCAAAAGGAUCUUAUACGUGGAGAACGUAGUCAGUACACCUGAGAAUGAGGAGGAUGAACAUGCCAUCGGCACCAAGAGUGCAGAAUCAAGAGAAGCUUCGGGUGAUAGCGGGCAAGGAAGUCAUAGUACAGCUAGCGACCAUCGUACACCACCAUAUUCCAAGGUCACGCCUAUCGCUAUGGUGGGACUUCUUCCUCCGAAUGGACCACAUCAUCUUCAUCCUGGUUCUCAAUUGAGUCCGGAGCUAUCACCACACGAUCCCUCUCUCGGUCGUAGUUUAAGUCUCAGUCUCAACGGCUCAGCUCCCUCCCGGAGUAAUUCAACUUCGAGUGACUGUCACCGAGCGAACAUACUUCUGAAUCAAGGUAGAUUGGUGCAUACUCCCACAUCUACUGAUGUGCAACAUUCAUCUAGCUCUCAUUUACCACUAAGUGGUAUACCAGGGAACAUGGUGGACGAGUCGAUCCAAACUUCUCCCCAAUCUUCUCCAGCCAAGUCAACAAGAUCUAGACCACUUCCUCGACCCCCUUCAACUACGACUUCGCCAAUAGCCACACCGAGACCUACGUUCAUCCCUCCCCUUCCACCCAGUACGGCCCCAGCAACUGAGCUGCCACUCCUCAUUGCCAGCCAUCUACUUUCCACUCAUGCUGCGGCGCUACUCAGACAUUCGAGUAGUAUGAAAGAGGUCAGUGAGACUAUGCAUAAGAUGGCGAGAGAAAGUUUAGAUUGGGGAGGAGUAUUGAUGGGAAUUGCUCAACGGAAUGAAUCGGUUGAUGGUUUACCUAGGAUCUCCGAAAAUCAACCUCAACAUGCAGGAAGUCAUGAGGGCAUUGCUCUGCCAAAACCCGCAGCUGCGUUUGAUCAACCAGAUAUACCAAGGUCUGGGACCUAUAUGGAUUAUGGUGUUACGCCAAUCGCACCUAUUCCCACUCAAGAUCCAAUACAACAAGCGUACAACGCACUGAAUGGCGAUACUCCCACUCCGAGUUCUGUACCUCCUCGAACACACAUCAAUAGUACUCAACCGCCUAAGCCAGAGGUGAGAAGGAGAAAAGGAGAAUCUUUACCUUCUGAUUUGCUCAAGGAGGCUCAGAGAUUAGGUGAUGAGGGGUGGACCAAUCUGCACAAGGCAGAAGAAGCUUGGAGUGAAGCCAUGCGAGGUUUAGCCGACAUUAUCAGAUCGCAAGCCGCCGAGCAGUCCAACCAAGUAGAAGGGAAUGGUGAGAGUGCAGCAUAUGGCGCAGGUAUCGCAUCUACUGUACCUACUGCCGGAGAUUAUUCACCUUCACUUUCCAGCGAUCAUGUUAAUUCGAGAUACACAAUGCCCACGCCGCUCUCGCCUGUUUCUACUGCUUUGUCGUACCCACUUGGAUCGCCCACUACGGCUCAUAGACAAACUUCCAUGUCAUUCUUACCCGAUGAUGGAGAUAUGCGAUCACCUAUACCACUUACACCUUCAGCCAGUUCACAUAGUCAUAGUCAUUUGUCAUUUCCAAAUGGUAUACCUCAAUUGCAGGGUCAUCCGUUCCAAAAUGCUCUGAAUAGCGUGACGCCAGUUCUAUCUCCAAUGAUGGAAACGGAUAGGGAUCAUAGUCAAAGUACGCUCAAGAUCAAGAUUCGACCUCAUUCCACUCAACUUAUCCCGACUGAACCACGGGAUUAUACAUCCGAACAUCUAGGAUUCGCUUCUUCCAUUCCAAGCCCAAUUCCCGGUUCGGCUCCGCUAUCUUCCAGUGCAGGUACGGAUGAUGGAAGGAAUAAGAUGACUCCUUCUAGAAGUACUAUGAAUUCUUCUUCUAAUUCACCCCAUAGUCAUGGACAUGGACAGAAUCAUGCUAGCGGUGGUGGAAGUACGAUAAAAGGGACAGGAACGGGUACGGGUGGAAGGAAGUUAGCGAAGAAACAACCUCCCCCUCCUCCUUCCUCAUCUUCAAAGACUCUGGGAACUGUAGGUGGAAGUGGAAGUGCGAGUGCAGCUGGAUCUUUUAUGGCGAGCGAGAAUGGGUCGAUGAAGAGAAAUAAACAUUGGUGGAAUAGAAGAAAAGAUGAAUGA